AUGGUGGCAAAAACCCCAAUUGAGGUGUUGAUCGCCGACUUCUUGAAGUCAAAAGGGUAUACCAAAACUUUGACCACUUUCCAAAACGAAGCAGGAAUAACUUUGCCAUCGACCGAUGGUUACUUUGAAUCACUCCAAGAAAUUGUCGAUGAUCGUCAGAAAUACCUUGAACAUAGUACCCAAGUCUCCCAAGGGUUGAAAAACUUGGCCAUUGACGACCACGAGCUACUAUCGCUAAUCAAACCAUGGCAAUACACUAACGUGGCUCACCACGCCCCUUUACUGUUUUCUGGCGCGUCACUAGGGUUAGACUUGACGAUCAUUGAUGAUUUGAAGAUUGGUGGUGAUAGUGCUCCUUCCAAACAGUGUCUCUUGGUCUCGGGAAAUGAUAAAAUCCUUAGGAUCGUUGAUAUUACCGACUACUCGACCUUAGCUAUAAGUGAUCCCAUAGACUCUGGCUCGAUUUUCAAAUCGUUUGUGGCGAUUCCAGGAACCAGCUACGUUAUGUCGGGAGCCAUGGACGGGUUGGUGUAUUUCUUCAAAGUUUCAGAUGAUGAUCAUAAAUCUCCCAAGAAAUUGCAACUCAUCAAGAAACAUAAAAUUCACAGAAGGGUGAUUUUAAAAAUCAAUUACCUACCAAUUGAUGACCAUUCGGGGUAUUUGGCAUCGAUUGGGUUCGAUCUGUCAUUGAACGUUAUCAAGUUAUCAAUUGACCAUGGGAGUAUUGAGAUUAAAGAUAUCAGCAGAAUAUAUACUCUUAGUAAUCCUACUGAUCUCUAUUGUUUCAAUUACAAAGCAUCAUUUACCAAGCUGCCAAUACCACUUUUUUUGAUCUCCCGAACCGACUCCACCUUGCUAUCAUUCUUCACCCUUGAUUCUCAUGGUUUGAAAAUCGUUGAGGUAUCCAGAGUAUCAUUGAACGACGCUGAAUUCUCAAGCUAUCAGUUUACCCCGGUAAAUUUAAGUGUUUAUAAUCCAUCGCUGGAUGCCCAUACUAUUGAUCAACAAAGUAUUGAUGAAGACGUCACAAAAACUCCGUUAAUUUCUAUUGCCACUUCGCACCAACCAUACUUGAGAAUCAUCACUACUAAGUUCCCGAACUUACAAGUUGAGCUUGAAUCCAUAAGGAACAAUUCUGAUGGUGAUGAUGGUGAUGAUGCUGUUGUUGUUUCCGACAAUUGCAAUCAAGAACUAGUAGGGAAAACUCUUAGGGGAAUGAUUAUUUCCAAUGUGGUUACCACCGUGGCGCAAGACAAAUAUUCAAAACAUGUAAUUCAUUGGAAAACCAACGGGUCAGGAGUGUGGAUUGCUGGCGAUGAUGGAAUCAUUCGAGGGGUCAAUUUUUCCAAAAAUGAUUACACCGAAGUCGCUCAAUUGAAAAGUCAUGAUGGUGAAUUUGGGGCGAGAAUCAUCUGUUUAGCAGGGACCACAAAAGGAGGUAAAGAAAUAUUAUUUAGUAGUAGUAGUGAUAAACAAAUUUUUGUUUGGCAAUAG